AAGAAACCCUACUAAUAAAAAGCAGCCCCUCCUCUCUUUUUCUUCAUCGAUCCCUUCCGUCUUCAACCCCUUUCCCCUUUUUAAGUCUAUUUUUUUUUUUCGUUUUUGUUUUCUGGGUUCUCGUUCUGUGUCGCCCUUUUAAAGCUGAGGGAGAUGAAAGGGGACGCCGUCGCUGUCGGAGUCGAGGGAGGAGGAGCCAUGGAGGAGAACGGAGAGGGUAGGGUGGCACUCGAUGAUCUCAGGUCGAGGAUGGCUGAGUUUGCGAGGGAGAGAGAUUGGGAUCAGUUCCACAGCCCGAGAAAUCUCCUCCUAGCUCUGGUGGGAGAAGUAGGAGAGCUGUCUGAGAUAUUUCAAUGGAAAGGGGAAGUCCCGAAAGGGCUCCCCGAUUGGGAUGAGAAAGAGAAGGAGCAUCUCGGCGAAGAGCUCUCCGAUGUUCUUCUGUAUCUGGUGAGGCUCUCCGACAUCUGCGGCGUCGACCUUGGCGAGGCCGUGCUGAGGAAGCUGGAGCUCAACGCCCGUAAAUACCCAGUUAGUCGUUGCAAAGGCUCAUCGAAGAAGCACACCCACUAUGGGGCGUCUAGCAAUGGAUCGGAUCUCUAAUCUAUACUAGCUCAGUUUGGUUCUGUUGGUGUUGGAGAAGUUAGAAGAAGAAGAAGAAGGAGAAAAAAAAACCCCUAUGUUUUUUAGUCGCAUAUCGUCUAAAUAUUUAGAUCCCAUCCUUUUGAAUCUAAUCCACACUAGUUCAAUUUGGUUUUGUUGGUGGUGGAGAAGUUAGAGAAAACCUAUGUUUUUUAGUCCUAUAUAUAUUAUGAACAUAUGACGAAUGCGUGUUCGUGCGCAUCACUAAUGUCUAUCUGUGCAGUCACUGUUG